AUGGCCGAGUCUCCGUUUCUUGCUUCGGCCAACACGAAUACCAUCAGCCAGGGUUCAAUAUGGGCGGUGUUGGUCCAGCCUUCGUUUCCCGACAUGGUUUUCGAAGCCUCCGCCUUGAUGACCAAGGGCGCACCCUCUCAAGCGAAUCCUACAACGGGAGCCAAGUCAUCUCAGCAACCCAGUGAAUUCGCCUUGCGUAUGAAAGAGGCUGCCCAGGCGAUCAGUGGCGGAAACGUGGAGCCGACUGAGAAGGAGGAUAGCGAGGACGCCGAACAUGGUGAGAAUGAAGAAGCGAUCGAGGAUCGGGAGCAGGAAACGGAAGAGACGAAAGAAGCAAAGAGAAAAAUUGUCGAACAACUAUGGUCCAAAUUGCAACCUUCUUGCUUUGUCAGAACCGAUGAUCGGGAACUUGAGGCCGCCACCAACCUACUCUUGACCCUCAUGCUUUCGUUCUUAUCGAAUCACGCCCAGUUUCCCCAAUUCGUAUCCCAGCUUCUCGAGGCCAUCGUAACUGCCGAGGGGAAAACUACGGCUUACGGGAGAUAUACUGCGUUGUUUACGCUUUUCAAUGCCCUACCAGCCCCAACCGCGCCCACAGACAACGCCCCACCUUUGCAAUUGACCAUCCUGUCCAGAUUGGCUGAUAUGGCCGCUUCACAUCCGGAAGAUCUAGUCAUACUUCUGCCUUCCUUACUGCGUUUGCCGACCUAUCUCACGCAAUGGGGCUUGCUUAGCUCUCCGGUAGGCGUCGCCACGAUCGAGAAAGUCAUUCAACUCUGUGAACAAGGAGGCAAACUUGAGGAUGCUUUUAACCUCAGCAUUCUCUACCUAUCCUCCCCGGCUUUAUCAAACGAGACCAGCUGUGCCGAUGUCGCUCGGGUCUCGGCUCAAGCGGUCAAGCUUUCUUUGACUUUACCCAACUCUUACGACUGGGAUCUGUUGGAAGAUGUCGUACCAAUCUCUCAAUACCUCAACUCCAAUUCAGAGGGCAAAACGACAUACCUGAAGUUGAUAAGCUUGUUGAAGUCGCCGUCGACCAAGUUUGACCAGAUUGAACUCGAGCUCAAAUCAAAUGCCAAACUUCAAAGUGCAUUGUCAGAAGAUACCAAGAACUGGGUCCAAAGGAAAGCCCGACUGCUUACCCUUACCGAUUUAUGCGGCAAUCGUGUGGGAGGCGAGGUCAAAUAUUCCGAGGUCAAGGAAUGCUUGGGAUUAACUGUGCCGAUCGAAGAAGAUGACGGCAUGGAGGUCGAAGAAUGGGUGAUCAACGCUGUCAAGGCGAGUUUGAUAACUGCCAGACUGCAUCAGCCAAGCCACGUGAUCUAUGUGAGCAAAGCCAGCCAUCGAUCAUUCGGAACACCACAAUGGACCAACCUUGAAACGAAAUUAAAGGGGUGGGGUAAUUCAAUCGAGCAUCUUAUUCAAGUGGUCGAACAAGGCCUUUCUACUGUCGAAUCUUCUUCAAAUCUUAAAGGAAAUCAAAAAAUGAUUUCCACCACCGCCUAG